AUGUUGUUCAAGUCAUCCAGGAUAGUUUUAGGUAUAUACCUACUUAUUAGAUAUGCUUGUGCAUUUAUUCAUCCUAUCGAAGUGAAUGGCAAGCAAUUUGUGGACAGUGUUACAGGAGAACCAUUUUUUAUUAAAGGUAUUGACUAUCAGCCUGGCGGGUCCAGCAGUGUUAAUGAUAAUCAGGACCCACUAUCUGAUCCAGGAAAAUGUGCCAGAGAUAUUAUUCUAUUUCAGGAGUUGGGUAUCAAUACAAUUCGGAUAUAUUCAAUCAAUCCGGACUUGGAUCAUAACGUUUGUAUGACGAUGUUGGCUGCCGCCGGCAUAUACUUGAUAUUGGACGUUAAUUCCCCACUCGAAAACCAGCACUUGAAUAGAUACGAACCAUGGACAACAUACAACGAGUUAUAUUUGAGACACGUUUUCAAGGUCAUUGAGCAGUUUAGCAACUACAACAACACCCUUGGUUUCUUCGCUGGAAACGAGGUCGUCAACGAUAGCAGAUCAGCCAAGUAUUCACCACCAUAUUUGAAAGCCUUGGUGAGUGACAUGAAAAAAUAUAUCCAUGAGAAUGCCCCAAGAGCUAUCCCAGUUGGCUAUUCUGCUGUCGAUGAUUUGCAUUUUAGAGUUUCAUUAUCCAAGUACUUAGAAUGCCAUGACCCAAGUAAUCCAUACAACGAGGUUGACUUCUACGGCGUGAAUUCCUACCAAUGGUGUGGUAAGCAGACCUUCGUAAGCUCUGGAUAUGAUAAAUUGGUAAAUGCGUACAGAGACUACUCCAAGCCUGUGUUCUUCUCUGAAUAUGGUUGCAACGAAGUCCUUCCUAGACAAUUUGAGGAAGUGCAGGCACUCUACUCAAGCGACAUGUACACCGUGUUUAGUGGAGGUCUAGUCUAUGAGUUUAACCAAGAAGCAAACAAUUAUGGUUUGAUUGACACAGAUGCUGACGGAAAUGCCAUUCUAUUACCCGAUUUCCGUACCCUUCAGAGUGUAUUUAAAAAGGUUCGCUUCCCAAGCACACUGGAAGUUAGGCAAGCUAUUCUGAAAGACAAUGUUGUUGCAAUGGCCCCAGCUGUGAAAUCAAAGUGCGAAAGCUCAUAUCAGAACUUGGAUAUUUCCCAUCCCGUUGCAGCAAAUCUUGCUACAAACAUGAUCAAAAGCAGCGUGAAGGUCCGGGAAUCCAAAUACGUUGAUUUGACCUUGGAACAGUUGAAGACACCAUACAAGAUUUUUGAAUCAAAUGGAAAGGAGGUUCUCAGAAACGCUAGAGUUGAUAUUGUGUCAAACUUCGAUGGUGAAGAUUUAAAAAAUAUUCGCCGCCUUCACAAGCAUCGCUAUCGAAGUGAGGCGAGCAGUUAUUCAAAAUUCUCGACUCUCGUACUUAUCACAAUCGGUAUCAUUGAGCUAGCUUUUCAGCUGUCUGUAAUUUGA